GCUCUACCAUUAUGAGUGAAGCAUGCUUUUGGAAGAUCUAUUUUGUGCUUCUACAUUCGAAACUCAACAAGCAAGAUGCUGAAAUUCUUUCAACACCACAAAUCCUGGAAGCAAGGGAAGAAUUAUUGCAAAGUUCACCAACAAAGAACAAACCAUCAUCAAAAAACAUGAGUGCUCCCUCUACACAACCUGAAGAUAGCACACUGUCGCCCUCCAGCAUCCAAAACGAGAGUAGUAUGUCUGAAGCACCAUCGGUCCAAGAACCAACUUCUGAUCCCGUGCCAAAUGUUGAGGCUGAAAAGCAUCCAAUUUCAACCACUGACACAGAAGUGAUUGAUAAGUCUGUAAUUCAAGAAGAGCUGGUGGUGAAAACUGAGGUCGAGAGUUUACCCACAGAGAAGUCUAACCCCAACCUCGUAGAGGAUGAUGAUGAAAAAGAAGUAGAUGAUUGGCUACAGGAUAUGGACCUUGUGCCCAGCAAAACAGGCAACACCGCUCCAGCAGGUGAGGAGGAAGAUGUAUCCUUCAGUGAUCUAGAGGAUGACUGAGAGACUGGACUGCUCAUAUGUAAUCAACUAUUGGAGCUAGAUGGUGGCUUCAUGAAGAACACU